UUUUCGUUCGUCCAUGGAGUAAUAGUAUAGUAAUGGCUCUGUUUCCCAUCUUCUCGAUUCCUCCUUCUCAUCGACCAGGUUCCAAGUGACGUAUACAUCCAUCCAUACGUGCGUACGUACAUACACUUCACACUGCUGUCCCCCUUUCUCUCUCCCCCCUCCCUGCCUUGCACCCGGCCCUAAUUACUCGUCACGCCUCAACGGAGAACCAAAGCGCUGCGAGAGCAUCACCGAUGCUAAAGUGAAACCCGGGCUUGAUCGACAUGGGGCUCUUCAAGUGGAAAAAGAAAGUGAAGAAAGCUUCAACGGGGGGAUCUCAGGCUAGGGACAAAUGGCCACCGCCCGAAACUCAGUACGGGUCGCCGCCGUCUUGCUCGUCGACCAAGGCAUCCGUCCGUGCCGACUGGCGCCUCGGUGACCCUGCUUCCGGGACUUCCAGCCAGCAUGCCGCAAAGCCACCCAUCAUCGUGAACCAACACCACUAUUACUUUGGAACCCCGCCUCCCUCGCGCCCGCCGGCGCCGACCCGCGUGUCCAGUACGCCUAUGAGUAGGCUGAAUGUCGACUCUGCAGUAGACUUGGCCAGGGAUGUCUGCCAAGAGACGGGCCAGCUGCUCGAGCACGCGCUGCCGACGUGGCACAGCUACGGGAACCAGCUGGUUAACCAGGGCAACCACCUAGUGGAGGGGAUAUCGAACCGCGUCUACUGGGAGACCCAUCAGUUUCUGGACGGCGUCCUUCCGUCGUGGCACUGCAGCAGGGGGCAGCUGAUCCAGCAGAGUCACGCCGUCGUGGACGAGAUAGCCAACCGCUUCGACAGCGUUCUGACCAAGAUUGAUCAGGGGGGAUAUCGUGGCAAAGAACACGAUAUAUACGCAUGGAAACCGGCGCAAGCUCUGGCUCAGCCGGAGCCACCAAGUCCACCACUCGCCGACAGAAACCCACCACCACCACCAAAGUCCAAGAAGAAGAGCCAAGGCAAAGCUCACUCGAAAGGUCAAACGAGUGCCGCGGCGGGGAUCGUCUCGGGGAGCUUCUUCUCAAAGGUGGACUGCUACGCAAACUCGAGGUUGCCCAUGAACCUGCCACCCCUGAAGUUGUACAUUCCAACAUACCCACUGCUGUGUCUGGCGGCGCAGUAUUCGGAGAGGGUCUAUGAGCCGCCGAGAGGUCGUGCAGAGCGAGACACGCACGUGGCCGCCGACUGGCGGACGGGCACCAAAGCCAUGGUGAUCAAGUCAGUCCCCAUGGACACCAUGAACACCAUCGUCUUCGCCAUCCGCGGCACGGCAACGUUCAUGGACUGGGCCGUAAACCUCGACACGACACCGACGUCUCCGGCGGGCUUCUUGGACGACCCCGACAACCUCUGCCACGCCGGCUUUCUCUCGGUGGCGCGCAAGAUGGUGACGCCCGUGGCACGCCGGCUCCGCCAGCUGCUCGAGGAAGACCCGUGGCGGGCCUCAUACUCGCUGCUCAUCACGGGCCACAGCGCGGGAGGCGCCGUGGCGGCGCUCCUGUACAGCCACAUGCUCUCCGAGUCGGACGCCGCCAAGAGCGAGCUCACGGCCGUGGCGGGCUUCUUCAAGCGCAUCCACUGCGUCACCUUCGGCACGCCGCCCAUCAGCCUCAUGCCCCUGACCAAGCCGGACAACUACCUCCGCCGGCCACAGCUGAGGAAGAGCAUCUUCCUGAGCUUCGUCAACGAGGGCGACCCGGUGGCGCGGGCCGACAAGGCCUACGUGAAGAGCCUCCUGGAGCUCUUCGCAGCGCCCCGGCCGCGGGUCGAAUCCGUCGUCGCCACUGCCGACGACGGCAACUACACGGGCGACAAGAAACACCGGCACGCCGGCGACAAAAGAGCAGCAGCCAGCAGCAGAAGUUACCGAAACAGGCCGUGUCCGACCAAGCCGCCGCCGCCGCCGCCGUCGUCGUCCUGCCCCUGCCCGGCCUGUUCCUCCAAGCGCACCAAGCGCACCAAAUCCACCGAUCCGGAUCCCGAUCCCAAUCCCGAUCCCGAUCCUUAUCCGGCCGGCCCCGUGUGGAAGGUGCCGCCGUGCACGCUCAGCUGCGCCGGCCGCAUCGUGGUGCUGCGGUCGGGCGACGCCAAGGCGCGGCGGCACCAGCGGGGAGGAGGGCCCGAGGCGACGACGGUGGAGGAGCGGCUGCGCGAGGGCGUCGUGGCGCAGGUCGUCACGGACGAGCAGCUGCGGGGCGUCGUCUGGGGGGACCCGGUGGCCCACAUGAUGCGGCUGUACGCGGGCCGCAUCGAGGUGCUCGCCGUCGGCGCGGUCACCGGGGCGGGGGGGUAUUGAGAGGGCACUGGGAGGAGGGAUCGACGAACCAAGGACUUAUUAAGGAUGGAAUGG